AUGCCUACCAGCUUCGGCAAUUUUGCUCGCCAGGAACAACGCCAAAAGGCACCCCUGUCGAUCCAGAGAACUCGGAAACGGCAGAAUACGGGCACGGGCGCUGGGCCGAAACGAAAACGUCACCGCUCGAGCUUGAACCAACAGCGAUUUGAUAGUGAUAAUGAAGAUCGUGUGUCGGGAGAAGUGUCGAAGCCUGGACGUGCAAAUCGGCAGGAUCCAGGCUCUUCGUCACAGUCAAGUGUAUCGCCAGACUGUGCUCAGCAACCCGGACACCCCAGGUCAGACAAUGCCACUUCUAGUGGCACUUACACAGGGGGCGUGUAUCCUGGUGGGAGUGUCAAAGCUGUGAACGUUCAGGGCUUGGGGAGUCCUCCUCAGGCUCUUUCAUCACCCGAAUCUCCUCUCUCAUCAUCUGAACAGGCAAAUCCACGCCAUGGAAGUCAUGGUACCCCUCUGCAUGCAACUAUCCCAUCCGGACACGGAUUAAGCCCCGAGAGUUCAGCUUCAGAGUCCGAUUCCAGCUCCGGUUCUGGCUCUAGAGAGUGUUCGGAUCCUGCUUCUGGACAACCUUCGAGUCAGACACUCCGGAGCCAGCCCCCACCAGAAGUAUCUCUUCUGGACAAAGGUACUUGUUCUGAUACUUCUUCAAAUGAACAAGCUUCUCGUUCAGUCAAUGGCACCCAGUUAAUCUCUCCACCUGGUGACGAUGCGGGUCACCUACAGACGGACAGGACAGACCUAGAGCUAGAUUUCCCCUUGAGGAGGGGUGUGAAGGAUGUACCUGGCUCUUUACUCUCUCCGGAGACGCUGGGAGACUCCCCGAGUCAAGAAGUCCAAGCUCAGGUUGGCCUCGGUCGAAACUCUGAUGAUGACGACGACUCAGAUCACUCAGACAUCCUUGAUCAGUUAGGGAGCGAUUUCAAUGAUUUGCUGUCCAUCGACCCUGGAAGGCCCAUCACUGGCUCGCCGUCAAGAGACCGGGUCAUUGCCAGCAGACUUCAAGAUGAGGAUUCUGAUCUUGAAGUCUGGCAGGUUACUGAAGAUGUCCCUGCACCGGAUACAAGCCAUGAUAACGGUAGCGCUCCGGGGACCCCUCCAAAUGGCAUUCGACGCGUCGUCGCCACUGCGCACUCCCCGGAACCCAAUCAUCACUAUGAAACAAGCGAUGAAGACGAUGCUGAAAGUGUUGAUGACACAUGUAGCGGUUUUAGUGGGAGCAACGGAAUAGGUAAUGAUGAACGGAUUGUCGAGCCAGAAGAUCCAGAAGAAGGUAAUGAAGAGUCAAAUGUAGACAAUCAUCUUGUUCGACAAUUCGACGAAGUUGUAGCCGAUCACUCGGACUCUGACGGCUCCGAGACACAUGCUGGUCCCUCGGCCGUAUCCAGUUGGGAGCGUCGCAUUUACCUACCCCCUUCAGAUUACGAUGAUUCAGAUGAAGAGGCCAGUCCCCAGAACGAGUCAUCCGACGACGAGGAGGUGUCGGAAGAAGAGACUGGGUACAUCUCUGACGCUCGCGACACUGAUGUUGAAAUCGAAGACGAAACAGAGUCGUCUACUUUGAGUAUUCCAUCAUCUUCAACAAACGGCAUCGUUUCCCCAAGUGAAGCAAGUAGCUCUGGAAGACUUCGCCUCACAUUCGAGGAACGUGAGGUUGUACGAAUCACACGAGAGAUCGGCGCUUGUGUUCGUUGUCGCUUCCAAAAAAUCAAAUGCCUUAUAGACGAGAACAACCCAGAAGGACAAUGCAAAACAUGCAAGAAGUUCUCGAAGACGUCGCCAAAGACAAUCCAUCGCGUUCCAUGCUUGCGACUCCGAAUUGCCGACGUCGUUCUUUAUCGAAGCGGCGGGCUCAAACUCACGAGACGAUGGGCGGGCAUCGAAAUGCGAGAUAUUGGGGAUCGACUUGAUACAGUUGCUGUCACGAUUGAAGUCUCACAGAAUCUUUGUGGUAAACCUCUUCGUAUGAAUGUUGUGCGAUUCAGACCCAUUGACGGGGACGUGACUGCCCGAUAUUGGACUGAUGGCCUUCUCGGGAAGGUGAUCUUCAAGAAGAAGGAGCUGGCCAACUACUGCCUUGAAAAUAUCUACGACACGGCCGAAAGCGUGCGACAAUACACCAUUGACAAUGCUCUUCCAGCCUUUUAUCACACUAUCCAAGAGGAGAGUGAAUCAGAAGCUGGAGAACGGCCCAUCAUCAGAACGUACCUCACGGCCAUGGCUCGGUAUUUGGACCUUCACGUAGGCCGAUUGAGUCCCGACACGAGCCUUACGCUGACUCCUUCGCAGAAUGAACAUAAAUCCGGCGGAAAGCUCUCGAAGGACGAUGAAAAAGAGCUUGAGAUAUUCGGCAACCUUUUUAUCCUCUGGUGCGCCAUCCAGCACACUGUAGGAUCCCUCUACAUCGAAGGCAACGAAACACUAGGCAUGCUCCCCGAAACCGAAGACAAAUCCUACCCUCUCUACGGCAAAGUGUCUGUCCCUCGCAUGAUAGUCGCCCAAUUCGACACCCUCAAUUACAAUGAGGUCCUCGAGCGAUACAAGGAGAAGCUCCUACGCGACAUCGAUUGGCUAUUCAGCCAGGACAAGAAUCGAUGGUGGUUCACAAUCUACCUCGUCGUCUUCAUACUCCUGCGCGAAGCGAGUCGCAUGACAGCGGAUCGGUAUCGGCAUGCGAGAGCUAACUAUGGAUCAAGUGUGCGAUACUCGAUCCCAGACUUUGUCGAGGGGCUCCAUGGCAGCUGCAAUAAUAUUCUCAUCCACUGGCAUUACUACAACUGCGAUCAGUGGCCGACUACUCGGUUGUCGGGCCUCACUAAUGGCAUAGGAAGAAAUGACCACUUUGAGACUCUGGCACCCAAGGAUCGGCACCUUGUGAAACAGAAUCUCAAGGACCCAGAGGUGAAGAAACACCUUCUGGUAUGGAAGAAAUACAAGAGGGAUAAUGGAAAAGUUCCAAAGAUUACUCUCCAACACGACGCCGGAUCCAUUCGCUACGCAGGAAAACAGGACAAGUACGACUGGGAUCAUUCUUUGUAUUGGGUAUCGCAAAUGUUUGAGAAGAAAUGGUACCCGCAUCCGACGUAUACGAGCGAACAAGAACCCGAGUCAACGCUCAUGACUGUCACGACGGCUGUCGCUGCGGCCGGCUAAGGAUGAAGCGAACCGAACACUCAACGAGAACGUACGAUACGAGGCUUAAAUCAACAGCAUAACGACCGAUACGAAUCUUUUGCCACAUGAAUUUUAGUCUUACCAGCAUUCGAGGAGCUUCCAGCGGUGGAAGAGUGGGAAAAAUGGUACAACGCCCAGCAUCGAUAGACGCAUGAGGGCUCGAAUAAACAUACACUUUUACACGAAGACCACAAUAGAGUAUUCUAAGCAGCUUUUAUUCUACGCAAGCGAUAUGCUGAUCUAUUCAUAGCUCCAAUUGGAGACUCAAGUAUUGUAAAAAACCGCUGACUCCAGGCCUCCUCUGCUUCCUGUAGUAAUCGCUGCC